AUGGAAAACUUGGCUGGCACUUGGACGCUUUCGAACCAUCGAUCGAUCGUGCAGCCACCGCCAGACUUCUUGCCGACUGCGCUACAUUCAUCUUUGACGAACCAUAUCUUAUCGAAUAAUGAAACAAGGAAUUGGCAUUGGGUGAGGAAAGAGUUAAUUGCUGUUUCAUCGACACCCACAACAUCACUCAUAUGUUGUCGGCGGAAGUUUUUCCUAAUUUUCGCAAGAAAUCACCAGUCGUGA